CGUCCACGAUACAUGUAUAAUCCUCGUACUUGUGUAGAUUACGUGGGAGUACAAUCCAAUCUUGAGAGGUUCAGCAAGUGCAGAGCUCGGCAGUGCGAAGGCGUGAUCAAAAGGUAAUGACUUGUGUUGAGCUGCAUGACUUCCUUGUCGUGCUUUCCAUGUCAUCUUCAACAAGGACGUGGAAGGAAGUGUGCAAUAUCCCCGAUAUUAUCGAGCGGCAGGGACAGAUAAUUAACGCUUCCGAGAACUCAACGUGCUGCCUGUCCAGUAAACGUCUCAAGUGUUUCCACCUCAGUUUCUCGCCAACACCUUCACCCGGUGCUUUCGAGUCCUACAUGGCAUUGCCGUCAAUGCAGUGCGCAGUGACAUUAUAAUAUCGCCGCGCACGGAUCACUGAUACAGCAUCCGACUCUGUUUACACUUCAACGGAGUUUCCCGAUUUUUACAACACAGUCGCCAGUCAGAUGUAGCCCAUCUCGCCACUUUCACUUUCGCUCGGACGUUCAGAAAUGCAUCAGUCACCAGAGUUUAAGCCUUUGUCCAUGCCAGUUCCUAGCGCGCCGGCCAGCGACGAUACCCUCCUCAGUGAUAUCCUGGCCUUCGUCGACACAUUUCCGGCAGAUAGCGAGCAGCUACUGAAUGAGAAUAACGAUACAAGUAACGCCAAGCCCGGCAUCGAACUUCUUGAUGACGAUGGCAACUCAGCAGCCGUCACUCCUCAGUCGAAAGAGGAGCGAAAACGCGAGGCCAAUCGACUGAAAGACAGGAACAAGUACCUUAGAAAAAAGGAGAGAAUCCCAAAACUCCAAGCGGAAGUACAGCAGCUGACCAAGAUACUCGAAGACUACGAACGCGGCCAGGCUCUACAAAAGCAACAAGGUGGUACUUCCUUAGCGUUACAGAACGAGAAGGAGCAGCAGCUUAUUAAUCUCUCCCAGGAGAAGAACGAGCUGCUGGUCGAGAACGCUCAGCUCCGCAAACAAUUCCACCGAGCCACGGCCUUGGCCACUAACCUGCAGCAAAUGCUCAAUAACGAGCACAAACUGUAUCUAGCAAACUCAUCGUACUUCCUCGUCCUCAAACCACUCACACCUCUCGACUGUCGGAGAGAGCUGAGAAGGUCGCUCGAUGUCAUAAUGCCGAGCUAUGGCGUCGUGAAGAGCAUGAAUCGAGCACGAGAGAUCUGUGGCUGGAACGAGAAGCGUCUGACUGAGCGGUCGGACUUCCACAACUGGAAAUCCAAGCUGAUCCGAGGCAAGUCGGCUCGCUUCGUCUUUAAUCAGACGUGGGAAGUCUUCUUGGACCCGUUUCGGACAGAGAAGUUGUUCGCACCGAUCAUGAAUGUCCGCUGUCGACUCGUACAACGCGUGGACGAUGAUAAUGUUCUCUUCUGCUACGACCACGCUGCCUCGCGUGUCUUGUCCGAGAAGACGGACAUUCCUUCAGCAAGUACGAUGGCUUUGGUGACUCGAGUCUUCACUGGGACUGGCCACCUCAUCAUCACUCGUGGACUGCGACGUGGGAGUGUGGAAGUGCAAGAUUUGCUUCGAUCGGGAGCUACAGACCGCAGACGUGAGAUCUGGCUGGAGACGUUGACUUGGUACGUCUCUCUGAUCGACUCAGCGUAGCCUCAAGCGAAGUGUUUUGACUAAUGAACAUUGCAGGAUUCAAUUCGAGCAGCGCGGACAGGACUGCGAGGUGACCAUCGGCGGGAUCACGCCUGCGCUUCGCCAGAGCUCCUACUUCUGGAUGGUCGAGUGCGUUCAACUGGCACUUCGGUGGGAGAUGGCUGUCUUUGGCCCGCGGUUUCGAGCGACGUAGCGGCUACCAGCUUGACACCAACCCAACGACCGAGUCAGAGGCGUGUAGCCUGCAGGUGGUGCGAAAUGGUUAAGGAAUACUACUACUACUAUUACUAGUAAUUCUGAAGUAGUUUUUGCGUGAGACAGAAGUGCCCAAGGAUUUAGCGGGGCUGCUGCAGGAAGGUGUCACUCGAAAUGAGCAAUUCAAUUACGUUUGGUUCAUUUCGCACCGUCGAAGUUAAACUUGCUCAGUCAGCUCGGUCUCUGUUGAGGAAUCCCGGUUUCUGCUGAGUGGCUUCGAUGCCCUCUACACGGAUUCUUCAGCUCGAUCGAUGCUGUGUUAUGCGUUCAUCGAUGAAUUUGAGCCUGGUCGCCUUGAAGAUGAAGACAAUCCUGAACGAUAGCACGCGAUGCGGGGUCUUCAUGCGGGAAUGGCCCCACUGGACCAAGAGCUAAGAUGAAUCCCUUCUCAACAAGAUCGAUCAUGUCGUCAAGUGCGAAUACAUGUACUGGCGACUUCAGUGGCAAUGGAAGCAUAGCGAUCGCUAUUACUCUAAGUGCUCAGAGAUAGCAAUAUUCAAUUGAUUGGGUUGCGUGAUAUCCUGAAAACGUUGAGCAUCAGCUGUGUCUGGUACUCUCCACACCCGGAAAUCGAUAGCUUCGGUUUUGAGUCGAG